AUGGGAGACUGGAGCCUGCUGGGGAAGCUUCUGGAAAGCGCCCAGGAGCAUUCCACUGUGGUGGGCAAGGUCUGGCUGACCGUCCUCUUCAUCUUCCGAAUCCUGGUGCUGGGUGCAGCCGCCGAGAAGGUAUGGGGUGACGAGCAGUCAGGCUUCACCUGCGACACCAAGCAGCCCGGUUGCCAGAACGUCUGCUACGACAAGACCUUCCCCAUCUCGCACAUCCGCUUCUGGGUGCUGCAGAUCAUCUUUGUCUCCACGCCCACCCUCAUCUACCUGGGUCACAUCCUGCACCUGGUGCGCAUGGAGGAGAAGCACAAGCAGCGGGACAAGGAGCUCCAGCUCGCCCUGCAGAAUGACAAGCAGCCCCUGCUAGCCGAGGGCAAGCCCAAGAAGGCCCCCGUCCGGGACGAGCAGGGCCGCAUCCGCCUGCACGGGGUGCUCCUUCGCACCUAUGUCUUCAACAUCAUCUUCAAGACCCUCUUUGAGGUGGGCUUCAUCGUGGCCCAGUACUUCCUGUAUGGCUUCGAGCUCAAGCCCCUCUACACGUGCAACCGGCCGCCGUGUCCCAAUGUGGUGAACUGCUACAUCUCCAGGCCCACCGAGAAGACUAUCUUCAUCCUCUUCAUGCUGGUGGUGGCCUGCAUCUCCCUGCUGCUCAACCUCGUGGAGAUGUACCACCUGGGUUUCACCAAGUGCCGCCAGGGACUGAAGUAUAGGCGCUCCGAAAUGGCAUCCGAGACAGGCUCCAAGGCCCCCAGCGAGGCGGCGGUGCCCUUUGUGCCCAAUUACAAUUACUUCCCCAGGCACCACCCUGCCCCUGCACCCUUCCAGUCCGGCUCCAGGUACAGCCUCUCGCCCCUCACUGAGCCCGACUCUGCUUACCAGCCCUACAACAGCAAGGUGGCGUACAAGCAGAACCGGGACAACCUGGCCGUGGAGCGGAACAGCAAACCCGAGGAGUCCGAUCUGAAGGUUAAGAAGGGCUCGGGGUCGGGCUCGGGCUCGGGCUCGGCCCCAGGGUCACCGGCGGAAAACCAGCGCAGGCCCAGCCGCUCCAGCAAGUACAGCAACAAUAAGACCAGACUCGAUGAUCUGAAGAUCUGA